AUGAAUCUUUUAAUAUCACGUCAUAUUGUACGUCCAUUUCUGUUGAAAAAUUUUCUUCAUAUUCAUGUACCACUACUAUCAUCAUCUUCUGUAAUUCUAAAACGUUUUUCAUCAUCAUUAAAUAAUAAUAAUCAUAUAGAAAAACCGAAUUUAAAUGAAAAAAAUGACUUUGAAAAAUCUUUUAAACAAUUUGAACGUGAUGAAAAAAACCGUCGUGCUAAUAUAGCACUUUAUUUGAGUUCAGUGGCUAUAUUAAUGCUUGGUUUAACUUAUGCAUCUGUACCUUUGUAUAAAAUGUUUUGUGAAGCAACAGGUUUUGAUGGAGUUAUAAGAAAAGCUGAAGACGAAGAGACUGUUUCAGCAAAUGUUAGGCAAUUAUCUCAACGAUUAAAUAAAUCACAUCCAUCAAUACGAAUACAUUUUUCAUCUACACCGUCAUCACUUUUACCGUGGACAUUUGAACCAGAACAACCAGACAUUACAAUUCAACCAGGUGAAACAGCUUUAGCUUUUUAUCGAGCUAAAAAUGAAUCGAAUCGACCAAUUAUUGGUAUAGCAACAUAUAAUGUACAACCAUCACAAGCAGCAUUUUAUUUUAAUAAAAUUCAAUGUUUUUGUUUUGAAGAACAACGUUUAGAACCGGGUGAAGAAAUUGAUAUGCCCGUAUUUUUUUAUAUUGAUCCAGAUUUUGUUCGAGAUCCUAGUUUACAAGGUGUUCAUGAUAUUAGUUUAUCUUAUACAUUUUUUGAAAGUAAAGGAACAGAGCAUUUGGCUUUAAUGGGUGGUGAUCCAGCAAUGGCCAACUUAAAAUUAAAACCAAGUGAAGCAUUACCAUAUGCACAUCGACAGAGUAAUAAAAUAAAAACUGUUCCUGUCUAG